GUGGGUAAACUGAGAGAGAAAAUCCAAGAGGUUAAGCAAGAAAGGGAACAGGAGCAGCACAAGCACACUGCCUAUGUUUCUGAACUGAAAGCCAAGCUCCACGAGGAGAAAAUGAAGGAACUUCAGAGUGUCAGAGAGCUACUGAUCCGUCAGCACGAGCAGGAGGUCUCAAGAAUGGUGAAAAUCAAAGACGGUGAAAUCCAGCGUUUGCAGUCGACGGUCAACGUGCUGCGGGACGGGGCGGCUGACAAGGUGAAGACGGCUCUGCUGGGCGAGGCCAAGGAGGAAGCUCGCAGGGCCUUCGAUGGGGAACGGACAAAGUUGCAACAGGAGAUCUUGGAACUGAAAUCUGGCAAAAAGCAGCUUGAAGAAGCUCUGAACAACAUUAUGCAGGCAGACAAAAUGAAGGCUGCUGACCUGCGCACAGCUUAUCAGUCCCAUCAGGAUGAGGUUAAUAGAAUAAAGCGGGAAUGCGAGCGAGAGAUCCGCAGGCUGAUGGAUGAGAUAAAAGGUAAAGACAGGGUGAUCCUGGCUCUGGAGAAAGAUCUUGGUGUCCAGACAGGCCAUACACAGAAACUGCUCCUUCAGAAAGAAGCUUUGGAUGAACAGCUUGUCCAAGUAAAAGAGGCAGAACGAUACCACAGUAGUCCUAAGAGAGAGCUUCCUGCAGGAGUGGGGGAUAUCACUGAACUGAUGGGAAGCCCGGAGCAGCAUUUGGAUGAACGAGAUGUGCGGAGAUUUCAGUUAAAAAUCGCUGAACUGAAUGCUGUAAUAAGGAAGCUGGAAGACAGAAAUACUCUCUUAGCAGAUGAAAGAAAUGAACUGCUGAAACGUUCUCGGGAGACAGAAAGUCAGCUGAAGCCUUUGGUAGAAAAAAAUAAGAGGAUGAGCAAAAAAAAUGAUGAUAUGUUGCAAAGUAUACAGAGAAUGGAAGAGAAAAUAAAAAAUCUAUCAAGGGAAAAUGUAGAAUUGAAAGAGAAGUUAUCUGCACAACCAGUGCUGAAGAGGCACACCUCUCUAAAUGAUCUCAGCAGCUCACGAGAAGAACAAGAAAUUGAAUUCCUUAGGCUACAAGUCAAAGAACAGCAGCACGUUAUUGAUGACCUCACAGUGGAAAGAGAACGGUUAUUGCGGUCUAGAAAACAAAAGAGGAAAAGUCUGAAGCCUCCAAAGAGGCAUGUUGUGGAGACAUUUUUUGGAUUUGACGAAGAAUCUGUUGAUUCGGAAACAUCAUCUGUAACUUCAUAUAACACAGAUAAAACGGACAGGACGCCAGCAACGCCAGAAGAAGAUUUGGAAGAUAGCACUCCUAAAGAAGAAGCUGAACUAAGGUUCUGCCAGCUAACAAGAGAGUAUCAAGCUUUGCAAAGGGCAUAUGCAUUGCUUCAAGAACAAGUUGGUGGAACUCUGGAUGCAGAGAGAGAAGCAAGGACCCGUGAGCAGCUGCAAGCUGAUCUUCUCAGGUGUCAGGCAAAAAUUGAGGACCUGGAGAAAGCUCUGAUUGAGAAAGGACAGGAUUCAAAAUGGGUAGAAGAAAAGCAGUUGUUAAUCAGAACAAACCAGGAGUUACUAGAGAAGAUUUACAGAAUGGAACAAGAAGAGCAUCAGUUGAAGAAUGAGAUGCAAGAUGCAAAAGACCAGAAUGAGCUGUUAGAAUUCAGAGUGCUAGAGCUUGAAGAGAGAGAACGAAGGUCGCCAGCAUUUAAUCUUCAUAUAACCACCUUCCCUGAAAACAAUGGAAGUGCACUUCAACUGUUCUGUCAACAGGAAGGAAUAAAGGAUGUGAAUAUAUCUGAACUUAUGAAGAAGCUAGAUAUUCUUGGAGAUAAUGGGAAUUUGAGAAAUGAAGAACAGGUUGCAAUAAUCCAAGCUGGGACUGUUCUUUCCCUCUGUGAAAAGUGGCUAAAACAGAUAGAGGGGACAGAAGCUGCAUUGACACAGAAGAUGUUAGAUCUGGAGAAUGAAAAGGACCUGUUCAGUAAACAGAAGGGUUAUUUAGAGGAAGAACUCGACUACAGAAAACAAGCUCUGGACCAAGCCUACAUGAAAAUCCAGGAGCUGGAAGCCACGCUGUACAAUGCCCUGCAGCAGGAUCCAGGGCGGCGGGCGAGCGAGUCUCUGACCGAGGCCCAGCGGGAGGACUUGCGAGCUGCCGUGGAGAAGGUGCGGCGACAGAUCCUGAGGCAGAGCCGGGAGUUUGACAGCCAGAUCUUGCACGAGCGGAUGGAGCUGCUGCAGCAGGCACAGCAG